AUGUCCACGCCGAGGUCACCGAGGUCACCAUACCGCCAAACCUACCGCGAGUCGGUCUCGAGACGCCGAGAGUCAAACAACCUCGUCAUACCCGAAAAGGCACGCACUUCUGGAAUCUCAGGCAACGACCAGGAUUCACUACCAGUCUACAACAAUGCCACUCCUCAUCGACGGCCGCCGCCGCGCAGCAAAGUCCGCGUUAAGCCCUCCGGCGAGAGCGGACGCAAAGGAUUCCAUCCUAUGAAGUUUUUGAAAAUCACAUGGAAAUCGUCAAGUCGCGCUUCUCUGGUUUGCAACUUUUUCUGGCCUGUUGUCCCGGCUGCUUUUGCUGUCAGAUAUACUCUACCCAAUGAGCAUGUGUUGAUUUUCGUACUGGUUUACAUUUCGAUGAUUCCUUGCGCCAACAUGGUUGGUUUUGCGGGCCAGGAACUUGCUCGCAAGGUCAAUCAUGUGUUUGGUGUGUUGAUGGAAACCACUGGCGUUGCCCUGGCGAUCCCUACAAUCUUCGACCGCUCGCUCCAGGGUGUCCUCACUGUGGAGGAGAUCGACAAGAAAACCCUCCAUAUUUCCCGGAUCGUGUCUUUGAUCCUGAUUGUCUCCUACCUGGUCUAUGUUUACUUUCAAGCCCGAACCCAUCACGGAAUUUACGACGCAAUCUUCAAAAAUGACGAGCAACGAGAUAACGACAAGCACAGAGAUAUCAGGAAGGCCAAACUGACUCUGACGGAGUGCAUCAUUGCACUUGUUGUCGCACUCACGUUGGUUACGUUCAUGGCCAUAUUUCUCGUGGAACAGAUCGCGCCUAUAGUCGAGGAGCACAGUAUUUCUGAUCCGUUCAUGGGCCUGAUUCUUGUUCCCCUUGUUGAGAAGGCGGCUGAGCACUUGACGGCUGUCGACGAGGCCUGGGACAACCAGAUGAACUUUGCCCUCUCUCAUGUACUCGGUGCUACGCUCCAGACGGCUCUACUAAACGCCCCUCUGGUUACCAUUGUUGCCUGGGGCAGACACAAGCAUUUCGACUUGGUCUUCGAAGCUUUCGACAUAACCAUGCUCAUCUUAGCUAUCAUUACAGUUGGAAACUUCUUAAGAGAUGGCAAAAGCAAUUAUCUAGAAGGCUUUCUGCUGUUAGCCGUCUAUACCGCUUUGGGGACUGCUGCGUGGUUCUACGUAAGAAUGCCUUCAAAGAGCUCUCCUGUUGAUCUUGUACUGAUUCCAGCCCAGCCCAACCCUCCUGGCCAUGGGACCGGCGCCGCAAGAGGAGCGUCCGAGGGUCUCGUCCAUUACGUAACAGAAGGCUUCGUUCGUUGA